UUCCCGUCCCGUCCCGUCCCGUCCCGACACCAUGGCCGGGAUCAUCAAGAAGCAGAUCCUGAAGCACCUCUCCAGAUUCACCAAAAACUUAUCCCCUGACAAGAUAAACCUAAGCACACUAAAAGGAGAAGGCCAGCUGACCAAUUUAGAACUGGAUGAGGAGGUUCUCCAAAACAUGCUGGAUUUGCCAACAUGGCUUGCAAUCAACAAAGUCUUUUGUAACAAAGCAUCCAUUCGGAUCCCAUGGACAAAACUGAAAACACAUCCAAUCUGCUUGUCCCUAGAUAAAGUGAUAAUGGAAAUGAGUACAUGCGAAGAGCCACGUGUUCCUAAUGGCCCAUCACCUAUUGCAACGGCGUCAGGACAGAGUGAAUAUGGUUUUGCUGAAAAAGUUGUGGAGGGAAUUUCUGUUUCUGUAAAUUCCAUUGUGAUCCGAAUUGGAGCAAAAGCAUUCAAUGCUUCCUUUGAACUUUCUCAACUGAGAAUAUAUAGCGUAAAUGCAUACUGGGAACAUGGAGAUCUAAGAUUUACACGAAUACAAGAUCCUCAGCGCAGAGAGGUUUUGACAUUUAAAGAAAUAACCUGGCAGAUGAUACGAAUAGAAGCUGAUGCUAUCCAAAGUUCUCACCUUGAAAUCAUGAGUGCUCCAGUUCGAUUGAUAACUAAUCAGUCGAAAAUCAGGGUCACCCUUAAAAGAAGGUUAAAGGACUGCAAUGUCAUAGCAACAAAGUUGGUUCUAAUACUGGAUGACUUAUUAUGGGUUCUAACUGACUCCCAGUUGAAGGCCAUGGUACAAUAUGCAAAAUCUCUUAGUGAAGCAAUAGAAAAGUCAACAGAGCAACGGAAGAGCAUGGCUUCUGAACCUAUGCCGAGUUCCACCCCUGCUCCAAGUUCCCAGCCAGUGAAAACCCCACAGACUUCAUCAGCACCUGACCAAAAUGAUGCAAUCGUGAAACUGUUCAGCGAGUUUGAUGUUAAGGAAACGUCUCAUCACUUAGUGAUUUCCCACUUGGAUCUCCAUAUAUGUGAUGACAUUCAUGCUAAGGAAAAAGAGCCAAACAGACGCAUUACUGGAGGGGCUAUGCAAGUGUCUUUUAGUCAACUAACUGUAGACUACUACCCGUAUCAUAAAGCAGGAGACAGUUGUAGUCACUGGAUGUGUUAUAGUGAUGCCACAAAAACCAAGAGUGGAUGGGCCAAAGAAUUAUUACAUGAGUUCACGUGCAAUGUCGAACUGCUUAAGCAAGCUGUGGAGGAUCAUAAUGCAGGUUCACCGCCUAAAUCUCCAACACAUGGUUCUCCUCAGCAUGUACAAACAGGGAGAGAAUCCAUACCCAAAGGAACUUCCAGAACUCCUUCGCUAUCACCUCAGCAACCAAAAGCCAAACUGAUGUCAAGCUCCUUUGUGGUUAGACUUGCAGAUUUCAAUGUAUACCAGGUCUCUACAGCAGACCAGUGUCGUUCUUCCCCCCAAACCAUGAUUUCCUGCAAUAAAAAAUCCCUUUAUCUUCCACAAGAAAUGUCAGCUGUUUAUAUAGAGUUCACUGAAUACUACUACCCAGAUGGAAAGGAUUUUCCCAUUCCAUGUCCCAAUCUUUAUGUUCAGCUAAAUGCACUGCAGUUUUCUCUCGAUGAGAGAAGUAUUCUUUGGUUAAAUCAGUUUGUGCUGGAUUUGAAACAGAGUCUCAAUCAGUUUAUGGCUAUGUACAAAUUGAACGACAGUUCAGAAUCUGAUGAGCACGUGGACGUUCGAGUCGAUGGAUUGAUGCUCAAGUUUAUCAUUCCUUCUGGAAAGAAAUCAGAACAUCAUCAAGAUCAGCCACGUGCACUUUCAAUUCAGAGUUCUGAAAUGAUUGCCACAAAUGCGAGGCACUCACCAAACUGUAGACACUCUGAUCUGGAAGCUUUGUUCCAAGACUUCAAAGACUGUGAUUUUUUCAGUAAAACCUACACCAGUUUUCCCAAAUCUUGUGACAAUUUUAAUCCCCUGCAUCCGAUUUUUCAGAGACACGCUCACGAGCAAGAUACCAAAAUGCAUGAUGUUUAUAAGGGAUACGUAACCCCCAAGUUGAAUAAAUACAGUCUUAAAACCUCUGCAGCAACUGAUGUCUGGGCUGUGCACUUUUCUCAGUUUUGGAUAGAUUUUGAAGGAAUGAAAAGUGGUAAAGGACGGCCAGUAAGUUUUGUCGAUUCUUUUCCCCUUUCCAUUUGGGUUUGCCAGCCAACAAGAUUUGCAGAGUCACAAAAAGAGCCCCAGUGUUAUGAUCCGGCACCUUUAAACAUUUCCAAAAGUGAAAGUAGCGAUCUAGCUGGUCGCCUGAAGCGCAAAAAACUCCUGAAGGAAUAUUACAGCACAGAAUCUGAGCCCUUGACCAACGGUAUGCCAAAACCACCUUUAUCAGACUUACCUUCUGGAUCUUCAUCAUCAGAUGCGGAUAUCCACGUCCUGGUUCACGUUCAAAAGCACGUGAGCAUGCAGCUCAAUCACUACCAGUACCUGCUGUUGCUUUUUCUCCAUGAGUCCCUUGUUCUACUUUUAGAAAAUCUAAGGAAGGACGUGGAAGCUGUAACAGGUAAACCUGUCAAGGAGACAUCCAUCUGCAUCGGGAUUUUGCUUAAAAGUGCCGAAGUGGCCCUGUUGCUCCACCCACUUGCUCCCGCCAGCACUUUUAAGCCCCCUGUUUCUGAAGGUGAAAGCCCUAGGGCAACUGACUUUUCAUCGGUGGAGUAUGGAGAUGCCCUUGCAUCAGAAAGGAAAGCAGUUCCUAAUGACAGGACUCACAUCAGCAGCUCAAAUGUCAAUUUCAGUUCAGAUAGUAGGUCUAUGAGUGUUGAUCUUAGUCAGGUUCCUUUGAGGGAUUCCUCUCUUUUUAAGUCAGCCAGCGAUACAAAUCUGCAGAAGGAGAUUUCUUUUCUAGAUCACUCAUCCGUUAAAAGUUUAGGGAAAAUAAAUGAAAAUGAAGGCAAUAGACUACCAACAAGUGGCUCGGAUGAAGCCCACUCAGACUUAAGUGACAAACAUAGCUUAUGUUGCACCGAUUCAACAAAGAAGAGGCAAGACCCAAGCGGUUUGUUAGUUGAGAAAGAUGAUGGUCAAAACGUUUUUUCAAAUAAUCUAACUGAUAAAGAAAACGGAAUCAUCGACUUGACUUGUAAGGAUACAGACUUGGUACAGGACACAGCUUUACACUCCCAGGAUCAGUAUAUCAGCAAAGAUAAGGCAACCUCAGCUAGAAUGCUUACCUCCCAGUCCUCGUUAAGUGGAAAGCCUAAGGACCGCUGCCAGCCCAACCAGCCUGCAUUCUCUGUGGCUUAUAAGAACAUGAAGAGAAGCUCUUCACAGGUCUCAUUGGACACCAUUUCAAUUGACAGCAUGAUGCUGGAAGAGCACCUAUUAGAGAGUGAUGGGUGUGAUAACCAUAUCUUUUUGGAGAAAGGUAUUGAAGAUCUGUCGACUAUAAGUUAUCAGAGUCAAGCAGAAAGUUCAGUUGUAGGGACAAGGAUUGGAAAUUGUGGUGAAUCCUCUCCAGAUGCCACUAGUGCAACUUCAGAAAGUGCUCCAGAAAACAAUGAGGACCUGAUAUCAGUUGUGGUGUUUAAAAUCAUGGGUGUAAAUGGUGAAAUUGAUAUCAGAGGUGAAGAUACAGAAAUUUGCCUUCAAGUGAACCAGGUGACACCAAGUCAAUUGGGCAACAUAAGUGUUCGGCAUUAUCUUUGCAACCGCCCUGUUGGUUCAGAUCGCAAAGCUGUACUUGGUCUUGUUAAAUCUUCACCAGAGAUUACGCUUAGGUUUGAAAGUGGGCCUAGUGCUGAGAUACACUCUCUAUUAGCAGCCAAAAAUGGAUUUCUUCAGUGCCAUAUAGAAAAUUUUAGCACCGAAUUUCUCACAUCCUCCCUUAUGAACAUUCAACAUUUUCUUGAAGAUGAAGCAGAAGCAACAGUUAUGCCAAUGAAGAUACAGAUUUCCAACACAAGGAUAAACUUAAAAGAUGACAGUCCACGGAAGACAACCUUAACUUCACAACCAGCUCCUGUGAUGCUACAUAUUGAUCACCUUCUUGUAGAGAGGAAUGAUGAUGGUUCUUUCCAUAUCAGAGAUUCUCAAAUUCUGAAUACCAGUGUUGGGAAGAAAAACAUCACAAGUGAUACACUGGAGCAAACUGGAAAGAAUGAACCUCUGAAACAACAAACCUUUGGGUCUCAAGCUACACAGACAUGCACAGAAGUUCCUGGACCUUCUAGUUCAAUAGACCAUCCUCCUAGGAGUUCUGUUGACCUUGUCAGAAAACAGCUCCUUGAAGAAAAUGAAUGUCUUAAGCAGGAACUGGCAAAAGCAAAAAUGGCUCUUGCAGAGGCCCAUAUGAGAAACGAUGCACUACUCCAUCAAAUAAAGAAGAUGACAAGUGACCCUCAUUAGUGGCAAUCAGAUGUUCAGAUUACUGCACUCACAUAGGAAGGGCUGCACUUACAGUACGGGACUUCUGAAGGACUCUUGCCUUUCCUUGCACAUUGGAAUAAUGACUUCCAAACAGAUCGUAAAAGGAUUAAGUUCAAAUUAUUUCAGCACUCCUUUUUAUUAUUAUUUUUUGGUGUAACUUUCUCUUAAUGCUGUUGUGAUGCAGAGCAGUUUAUCAUACUGUAUACUAUCCUUGAAAUUGAAUAAAAACACUCUCAGUUGGAA